GCAUAUCGAAAAAAAAAAUUAUAUAAAAUAAAAGAUUAGUAUAUAUGUAUUGUUUAGUAGUGACUUAAUUGGUAUUUUGUAGAAACACAGGUACCAAUAUGAAACAAGUUAUUUUUACGUUUGUGGUUUGUGCUAUAGCAGUGACUUCAGGUUGGUUCCCAAUACAACUACCCUCCAUUUCUAGCCUAUUUCAAAAUCCUCUAGUCAAUUCCUCCCUUGCAAAUGCCACUAAAGAACUUGCUGUAUCAAUGGUCGGUGAGAUAAACACAAAUGUAGGAACCGUUAUUAAAGACGCCAUUUCCGAAGUUGAAAAAGAAGAUUCUAUGACCAAAGAAAAACUACCCAAUUUUAUAAACCAGCUUAAAAAAGAUAUUCAGAAAAGUAUUCAGAAUGUAGGAAAAACUAUAAACGAUAUAAUUAGAAACGUUAUGAAAGGGAUUGGCGACAAUUUGAGCGACAUAAGAGAUAUAGUUCAAAAUGCUUCAGAGGGUCUAACCGGAAUUUUAGUGUCCAAAGUACAAGAUGUUAUUGUUGCUUUGGCCGAUGCAGUGGUGUCUAUUAUUGGGUCCGGUUUUGGAGCUUUGCCUGUGUUUAAAAUUCUGUUAGGUACCAUGCUUAAGAUAUCCACCAAAGUCGUUACAACCUCCACCCGAAUAAUAUUGAAUAUAAUUACUCAAUUAAACCGGCAACUCAUGCGGCCUGUGGCAGAAGGACUGUCAUUCUCGAAUAAUACUGCGCAGAUACUUACGACGGCAUUAGACCUCAUGUUAAAGGGGCUUGAUGGUGUAAUGAGUAUGAUAGGCAUCUAAGUAACCUAUAUUGUAUGUGUGAAAAUAUAACAUUUUCAAAUA